AAUCCUGAGGAGCAAGCGCUUUUUGAUCAGUUCCAACAAUUAGUCAAGGAGUUCCAGGAUGUUAUCCAGAAUAACCCACAGCUUGUGUCCCUCGCCGGAAGUAUCAUGAAUAAGAUUUUAAGCAAUGUCAAAGUGAAUGUCGAAUCGUUCGCAGACUACUUGCAAGAGCAGGCCCAGACUGUUCAGGGUUCUGCCUCUCAGGCUGUCAAUCAGGCGCAAGAGGCAGCUUCACGCGCUGCAGCCCAAGCCCAAGAAGCUGCUAUUCAGGCUGCUGCUCAGGCUGCUGCUCAGGCUGCUGCUCAGGCUAAAGAGGCAACAGCCAAGGCUAAUAAUCAAUAUAAAAUCCCUCGGUUCCAUGAACUUCGUCAACACCAUGCUAACCGCCCCAAGCAUCCAUUUGGCUAUAACCAUGGUUACCGACAUAGUAUGUUUGGAUCCGCAAUGCCAGGUAUGCCACCUGCACGCCCUGUAGCUCCUAUGCCUCCUAUGCCUCCUAUGCCUCCUAUGCCUCCUAUGCCUCCCAUGCCUCAUAUGCCUCAUAUGCCUUAUAUGCCGCCAAUGCCUUCUAUGUCUACAGUCUUCCCGAUCCCCCCUCUGACCCCGGUUCCACCGCCUGCAAUGCCUUUGUUCCCUUCAGUUCCGUUUAUGAACUCAUCUACAGAGGCCAACUCUUCUUCUGGACUUGGACGGAGUAAAAGUAUCCAUACCUCCAAGCCUUCGCCAUUUUCGAAGAAUUUCCCAUUCAGCAACGCAUUGCCAAAGGCAGACAGAUCAUUCACCAUCAAGACCCCUCGCUCUCCAGUGUCUAGCGACUCGGAGGCCAAAGAAGAGAUUAACUCUGUCAAACUUGGAAAGACUAAGGCUGUGGAUGCCGAAACUGACUCUAAUGAUGAAAUAUCGUCGUCUUCGAGUUCGUCCUCAUCUUCGGCUUCGUCCUCGGCUGCAUCGAUGCCGGGCUCCUUCCCAAAUAAUCCACCAGAGAUCCGUGUCAAGCCUAGAUAUGUCUGGGCGCCUCUCCCUGAUCAUGCCCAAACAUCCGGUCAGCCCACCAAGUAUGGUUGGGUGUGGAGCGAUAAACCUCACGAGGAUGAUAUUAAACCCUAUGUACCAAAGGCACCGGAGCCCAAUCCCAGGAAAACGUGGGUCUGGGGACGUAUGCCUGAUCAUGACCGAAAACAUCUUCCUCCUUUGGAACGUGCCAGAUACGGCUGGGUGUGGGGCACUGAGGCCGAAGUGGCCGAGGCUGACGCCAAAGCUAAUGAACGCGAUGCUGCGGAACAUGCUGAGAUUAAGGCACGUGAAGCUGAGGCCGAAGCCAAGGUGCGUGAAGCUGAAGCGGAGGAGAAGGCACGCGAGGCUGAGGCUGAGAUUAGGGCACGUGAAGCCGAGGUAUCAGAACCUGCACCCUUGUACACCUCAUCAAAUGAUGCAGGUUCAACACCUGGUUCGCUCCCGGGCAGACCAUCCGACUUUGGUUCAUUCCAUAGACCUGGUACCAACUCAGGCUCUGGGUCCAGUAGUGGAGCUUCCACAGCCGAUGCGGCUGAAAGACUCAGGCGCCGUCAGACAGUGCAUGAAUUCAGCCAGCAAGAAGAUGAAGAUGAAGAAGUCGAGAAUGCGAAUAGUUCUUUUUAUAACAGUCAAGGGCUUCAGGACCAAAUGAGAAGAUUCCAGACUUUGAAAGCUCGUAGGGCCGGAAGGCAAAAUUGCUUUGGUACCUUUAUCGAUGGAACUGCUGCCUCAUCACGGCCUGUUGUAGGUGGCGGCAGUCUGGCUGAUAUUUGGCCAGGUCCAGCAGUAUCUUCGGCAGAACCCUCUCGCUCUCAAGUCAACGUGCCGACAACCGUCCAUUCAUCCAAUCCAAGGCAGACAACAGUCCCAAGAACCGAGCCUGUGCAAGAUAGGACAGCCAGACCAUUGAGCACAGCAACAGAUGAUAUGAACCCGUUUGCGGAUCCCAAUGAAUUUGAGCAAGAAAUCCGGACGUUGAUCGACAUGGGUUUCCAGGACACGCCCGCAUUCCGAACAGUUGUGCGUGAUUUUGGAGGAGAGUUGGAGGCGAUUAUUGAUUUUUUGAUCAAACAUUAG